AUGGGCGAAGUUGUUAUAGCCGUCACAUUCCCGCCACCCUAUCGCCGCUUCCCGCCACCCGUCUCCCCUGUUCGCCGCCCAAUCUCCCGUGCUCGCCGCCCGAUCUCCCCUUCCCGCGGCCCGAUCUCCCCUUCCUGCCGCCCGAUAUCCCCUUCCCGCAUCCUCUCGCCUUUCCGCGUAGCCUCCUCUCGCCUCUCCGCGCGGCCUCCUCUCGCCUCUCCGCGCGGCCUCCUCUCGUCUCUCCGCGCGGCCUCCUCUCGCCUCUCCGCGCGGCCUCCUCUCACCUCUCCGCGCGGCCUCCUCUCGCCUCCCCGCGCCGUCUCCUCUCGCCUCCCCGCGCGGCCUCCUCUCGCCUCUCCGCGCGGCCUCCUCUCGCCUCCUCUCGCCACUCCGCGCGGCCUCCUCUCGCCUCUCCGCGCGGCCUCCUCUCGCCUCUCCGCGCGGCCUCCUCUCGCCUCCCCGCGCGGCCUCCUCUCGCCUCUCCGCGCGGCCUCCUCUCCCCUCCCUUUGCCCUCGCUACCCCCUCCCAUCGCCAUCGCUUCCCCCUCCCGUCGCCCUCGCUUCCCCCUCCCAUCGCCCUCGCUUCCCCCUCCCAUCGCCCUCGCUUCCCCCUCCCAUCGCCCUCGCUUCCCCCUCCCAUCGCCCUCGCUUCCCCCUCCCGUCGCCCUCGCUUCCCCCUCCCUUUGCCCUCGCUUCCCCCUCCCAUCGCCAUCGCUUCCCCCUCCCAUCGCCCUUGCUUCCCCCUCCCGUCGCCCUUGCUUCCCCCUCCCGUCGCCCUCGCUUCCCCCGCCCAUCGCUAGUCCACUUGCGCCAUCUUUGCUGGUUCACUUGCGCCAUCUGUCAGUGUGGGGCAGCAGCAUCACCAACGCCUCUGCGCCGCUGCUCCCUUUUCCCCCACUCCCACCAUCCUCUUUCCACCCCCGCCUCUCCCCCUUCGCCUGCAGUCGCUCGUUCACUUGCGCCAUCUGUCAGUGUGGGGCAGCAGCAUCACCAACGCCUCUGCGCCGCUGCUCCCCUUCCCCCACUCCCACCAUCCUCUUUCCACCCCCGCCUCUCCCCCUUCCCCUGCAGUCGCUCGUUCACUUGCGCCAUCUGUCAGUGUGGGGCAGCAGCAUCACCAACGCCUCUGCGCCGCUGCUCCCUUUUCCCCCACUCCCACCAUCCUCUUUCCACCCCCACCUCUCCCCCUUCCCCUGCAGUCGCUCGUUCACUUGCGCCAUCUGUCAGUGUGGGGCAGCAGCAUCACCAACGCCUCUGCGCCGCUGCUCCCUUUUCCCCCACUCCCACCAUCCUCUUUCCACCCCCGCCUCUCCCCCUUCGCCUGCAGUCGCUCGUUCACUUGCGCCAUCUGUCAGUGUGGGGCAGCAGCAUCACCAACGCCUCUGCGCCGCUGCUCCCUUUCCCCCACUCCCACCAUCCUCUUUCCACCCCCGCCUCUCCCCCUUCCCCUGCAGUCGCUCGUUCACUUGCGCCAUCUGUCAGUGUGGGGCAGCAGCAUCACCAACGCCUCUGCGCCGCUGCUCCCUUUUCCCCCACUCCCACCAUCCUCUUUCCACCCCCGCCUCUCCCCCUUCGCCUGCAGUCGCUCGUUCACUUGCGCCAUCUGUCAGUGUGGGGCAGCAGCAUCACCAACGCCUCUGCGCCGCUGCUCCCUUUCCCCCACUCCCACCAUCCUCUUUCCACCCCCGCCUCUCCCCCUUCCCCUGCAGUCGCUCGUUCACUUGCGCCAUCUGUCAGUGUGGGGCAGCAGCAUCACCAGCGCCUCUGCCUCGCUGCUCCUCGCCUUCCCCCGCCUGCUCUCCGCCAACCUCGCCUGGACUGCCCUCUCCCACCUCCCCGCCCACCCCUCCCUCACCGCCCUCCACCUCUCCCACUGCCCCCUGCUUUCCAUUGGCUUCCCUCUCCCCUCCUCCUCAUCCUCUCCCUCCGCCUCCUCUCCUUCCUCCUCUCACUCCUCCUCCUCUUCCUCCUUCCCCCUCACUCAUCUGGUUCUCUCUGGUGCCUCAAUCGCUCCUCCCUCCUCCCUCUUCCCUCCUCACCUCCUCGCCUUCCUCACUCACCUCACCUCGACCCCUCUACUGCUGCUGUCCCUGA